AUGGAAUCUAAAACCCUUCCUACGUCACCCCAUGAAACCGAAGUGAAGGAAUCACAGUCCGGCUCAAUGGCAAAGAGCCUAGAAACAGCAGAAAAUUCUCAGCCAGAAUGGACGCCAGAAGAGGAGGAGCGCCUCGUGCGCAGGGUUGAUCUCCGGGUGAUUCCGACAUUGUGUGUCGUCAUGGGACUUUCUCUUCUAGACAGAGCGAACAUUUCGUCAGCGUAUGUUAUUGGAAUGAAGAAGGAUCUAAAUAUGGGCAUCGGAGGACGAUACUCUCUGUCCCUAUUGGUCUUCUUCAUCGCAUAUGGUCUUCUCGAGAUGCCUUCCAACUUGAUCAUUCGCCGCAUCGGAGCUCGGCACUGGCUUGCGGCCAACAUAACAGCGUGGGGUGCCAUGGUUCUAGGCAUGGGCUUCGCUCGCCACUGGGCAACCAUAGCUAUCUUAAGAGCCUUUCUGGGAGGGUUUGAGGCUUGCAUAGCAUUGCCCGGUGCCGUGUUCGUUAUUACUUCAUGGUACAAGACUUUUGAAACGGCUCGCCGCAUCUCGACCUUCUUCAUGAUUGCCACAGUAUUGAACGCCUUUAGCGGAAUCGCAAGUGAUGCCGAUGGCUAUUAA